AUGCCCGCGCGCGGUAAGGGGUCGAAGCGCGCGCGCGAGAACGCGGUAGAGGAUGAUGAAGCGGCGGUUGGAGAUUUCGUGCGCUUGACGAACGUCGACGAAAAUUUGGCGAGGCGACGCAUGCGCGCGGCGAACGGGGAUCUCGCGCGAGCGCUAGACGCGCAUUAUGCGAUUGAGUCCGUCGUGAGCGCGAGGGCGCGCGGGAUAUCGACGACGACGACGAAGGCAAAGGGUGUCGACGACGACGCAAAGGGCGUGGACGACGCGUUCGAUGACGCGAUAAGACGCGCGAGAGCGAUGAAUUAUUUCGAUAUCGAUGGUGAAGGGUUUUACCGAUCGAUUCCUCUGAGUGAGGAGGCGGAGGCGUUUUGUGGCGAUGCGUUCGCGGCGUUUGGUGACGUCGUCGCUCGAAAUACAACAUGGAUGGAUAGUGGAUUUCGAGCGGCGCCGGCGAGCGUGGAUGGGCGCGAUGGCGCGCGUGGAACGAAGGAGAACGUACCGAAAUGUCGAUGCGGGAUGCAGGCAAAGGUGAAGCAGGUAUCUAAGGACGGCGUGAACCAAGGACGGUUGUUUUACGGAUGUGCGAAGCCGGCGGCGGAGAACACGCGAUGCGACUUUUUUGCGUGGGCCAAAGGCGAUAAUUUGAUGCACACAGACGCGGCGAAAUCGCUCGUUUGGAAGAGAUUUUCGUCACCUCGAUUUAAGUUUGCCAGACGGACGAGUGCGGCUGAUAUCCGACAGGGGAGCGUUGGCGAUUGUUGGUUUUUGAGCUCGCUAGCUGUCGUCGCCGAACGUGAGGAUUUACUCGAGUCCGUCAUCGGCGUUUCCCGGCGGUUCGCACCCAUCAUGGAGCGAGUAGGAGCCUAUUUCAUACGACUAUUUCUCGGAGGCCGAUGGCGAGCGAUCGUUGUCGAUGACUUUAUUCCAGUCAAGCCGAAGAAGGAUGACGAAUUCGCGCCCGCGUUCGGCAAAGCGUCUAAAAAUCAAACGUGGGUAUCGAUUGUCGAGAAGGCGUACGCCAAAGCUCACGGAAGCUACGCGGCGAUAAGUGGUGGGUACGUCGCCGAAGGUUUGCACGAUCUCACCGGAAGUGCGACGGAGAUGAUUAGUUUUUCAUCCACAUAUUUUGAUUCUGAAGAAUUUUGGGUUCGGCUCGUGAGCUUUUCGUCGGCGGGCUUUCCGCUUGGAUGCGCGACGUCGUUCAGCGCCGAAGGUAUUGUCGGUCAUCACGCGUAUAGCAUACUAGAGGUGCGUGAAAUGCACGGUGUCAAGAAGGGCGUACAAACAAAGCUACCUGAGGUUUUGCACGGCAAGAAGCCCGCGGUAGAAACGGAAAUGCUGCGUCUGCUGAAGAUUCGGAAUCCGUGGGGCAAGAAGGAAUGGAGAGGCGAAUUUUCCUCGACGUCCGCGUCGUGGACGAAGCGCUUAGGAGAUGAACUAUCGCGUACCCGCGCCAAUGAUGGCGAAUUUUGGAUAUCUUACAAUGACUUUCUCGUACACUUUUCAUCCGUGGACGUGUGUAAAUCGCCAAAAGGUUGGCACGCGUUGAAUUUGGAGACGACCCUGCAUCCAGACGUACAUCGUUCGUACAUCGUUCGGUCGGCCGGUGACGGCGGAUGCUGGUGUCACGUCCUGUUAUUACAGCAUACCAAACGCGGUCGUCCGCAAGGUAGCUGGUACACGGACCUGUCGGUGUUGGUUUGGCGGCGCAGCCUCGGAUCGAGCGAAUGGAUGCCGUGCGGCGGCAUCUUCGGCGCUCGCGAACGCGAGAGUUGCCAGGGUGAAAUAGUCUUGGAUGCGGGUACCGAGUACGCAUUUCGCGUGCUAUCCAUCGUCGGUGGUCGCGACGUACCGGUCACUUUGCGACUAUGCACCGCCAAGCCCGUUCGUGCUCGUCAGAUGUACGAGAGCGCGAUGCUCAACGUCGCACAAAAUAUGCAACUCGCCGUCCACGGCGAGACGUCUCUGACUGGUGGAUCCAAGUUCAAACGUUCGAACAUCGCUCUGUGUGGUGGUGUCGUCACUGUGGCUUCGUCAUCUGGGCUCAACUUUGUCUUCAUCCAAGCCGAAGCGGUUCGUAAGAGUCCGCUUUGCGUCGACUUUGCGUACCGAUUUCGCGACGACGGCACGUGUUUCCAAAAUCAGAACGUCGUCACCGCGCGCGCCGGGACGUCUCGUCUCGCCGUCGUCGCCUCCGGUGUCAGCGCGCACUCGAAACAUGAGUUUGAGUUCGACUACUGCGUGCGUGACUGCGACUGCCACGAUAACGACGACAGCGACUGCGUCAUUGUCGAAGAACGCCGUAGCGAUGUCCCGAACAAGGCACCCGAGAAGGCGCCUCGACGGUGCGAAGAGCUCUUCGUCGAGGUCGACGCCUCGUUAUGGCCACCGCCGCUUCCACGCGAUGCGGCGCACGUCAAGCGUGGGUCAUUCAAUUCCUCUAAAGCCGUAGUCGUAGUCAUUCAUUUGUAA